GCUCACUUUAUUCUAUAAAUUCGUUAUCAGUCAGUAUAUUGAACACAGUCGUACCGCUGCCCUGCUUGUGGCGCAACUCGUACGGAUAGCAAAACACGGAAAACCCUUGACUGUUUGGAACCGUGCCAGAUCAUCCUAAAUAUUUAUUUGAAUCAUAUACUAAAAAUAAUAGUACUUUAACUGUUGCAUCUAGCUUUAGUUUGGAGAGCCAUGGAAGACAAGGAGGCCCUCAAGAAGCGUCUGACGCCCAUGCAGUACCAUGUCACUCAAGAAGCCGGCACUGAGAGACCCUUUACUGGAUGUUACAAUAAGUUUUAUGAAGAUGGCAUGUAUGUUUGUGUUGUAUGCAGACAAGAUUUGUUUACAUCUAAAAACAAAUAUGACUCGGGUUGUGGCUGGCCAGCAUUUAAUGAUGUUCUAGCACAAGAAAAGGUUACCCUACACAAAGACGCAAGUGCAGUGGGAGCGAAUAUAUUACUGGUUUUAACGCGGCCAGGUCUGGUGCGGACUGAGGUGCGCUGCGCGAAGUGCUCCGCUCACCUGGGCCACGUGUUUGACGAUGGGCCCAAGCCCACCAAGAAACGAUUUUGCAUUAAUUCAGCUUCCCUGGACUUCAUUCCCGCAGAAGAGAGGAAGGACUAAAUAUUUUCUGUUAUAGAGCAAUAUUCGUAAAAUUAAAAUGUUAUAAACAAUACCUGGAUGAUUCAAUGGCAGAAGCAUUUUUUUAUGUUUAAGAAAUAAUCUGUAUAUCUAAUUGGUAGCUGCCAUAAAUGUAUUUUAGAAUUGCAACAAUCACCACUCAUUGGUUUCAAUGAAAGUACUUGUAGUAGUAAUUAUAUAAGUGAUAAUUAGUAUGUAUCUAUCAUAAAUUAUUCAUAAACCUAUAUUCUAUAUUCAAUGUAUGAAUUCCUGUUAAAAUUGUAUUUGCCUAAGCAAUAUCAUUAACAUUUUGUAACAAUUUUCUUAAAAGGACUGAUGGUGGCCUUACUAUAAGAAUGGUUAGCUUCUUCAUACUACUUACAUAAAUAAUUAUUUUGGUUUGUUGGCACCUUUACCUCAGAACCUUUUUGUGAUGCUUUUUAGUCAAUAACCUUAGUUACCAAGCAGCAGAUAAGUUUGUUUUCGAUUUUGUUAUAUUAAUUUAUUAAGAAUUCUUGUUUUUUUUAUACACAUAUAUCAGUACAAACAUUGUUAUUUUUAUUAUAAGGAGCUUAUCAAAGAUACUCUUCAGAAAUAAAUAUUUUGUGUACAAUA